GCCGCCCGCAGGAUUUGUGCUGCUUCCGAGCCGCAACACCAAAAGAGAGAGAGAGAAUUCAUUGCUUUGCUCCGUCAUCCGUUCCAUCUUGAUCUUUCCAACCACCCUUCACAUCUUCCCCCCUCUCCUCCCCCCGUUUUAAUCUACAGUUCUUCUCUAGGCUACAAACGCCUUCUCUUUUUACACUCUCCACCACCAUGUUUCGCUCCGCUGUCGUCCGCUCCUUGAGAGCCUCUGUGCCUCGUGCCGUCCGCACUCCGGCCUCCUUCCAGAUCCGUAGCUCUCCCAUCGCCCGUCCGGCUCAAUUCGCUCCUCGCUUCGCCUACCAGGGUGUCCGUCUCUACUCCGCUCCCGCCGGUCUGAACCAGGAGGAGGUUGAGGGUCGUAUCGUCAACCUGCUGAAGAACUUUGACAAGGUUUCCGAUGCUAGCAAGAUCAACGCUUCCUCGCACUUCUCGAACGACCUUGGUCUGGACAGCCUGGACACCGUUGAGGUUGUGAUGGCUAUUGAGGAGGAGUUCAGCAUUGAGAUCCCCGACAAGGAGGCCGAUGCCAUCCACAGCGUGAACCAGGCGGUGUCUUACAUCCUGGCUCAGCCCGAUGCCCACUAAUUUAUUGUAAUAUGAUGACGCGGACUCUGGCGUGGAUGAGAUAGAAGAAAUGAAGGGAUAGUAUUGGGGUGCAUCUGCGCGGGCGUCUCGACCUCGGGACCAUGACCGUAUAGUCGAAGGCGCUACUCUGUAUGCUGACCAUACCGUGCUUUUGGACCCUGUUAUAUCGUGUAUAUCACCAUCAAUGCAGUUUUGUCAGACCUACGGAUCUUAGUGGAAUAGAUUGUGUUGACCUGUUACCAUGGAUAAGCAUGAUUGAUGCAUCGAGUAUUACUUAUCUGGAGACUGUCCGGAAUGAUUGGCAGGACAACGACUGAAAUGGGACCAGAUGAGUAGAGUGGGAGGUGACUGUAGGUGAUGCCGGGUCAUCCGGGGAUAGAAGCAUGGUUACAAGGCCAAUGUUUCUACAAGUAUAUUAUCCUCAACAAGUAUAUCCUUUAAAAACUCCGAAAGACAGACCAUGGAGGGUAGUCUAUA